AUGUCUGAUCCUUCCAUUGAAUCAUCUGAUACACCACAACGACUUUUACGAAGUCAAAGUGCUACACCGGGACAUCGUAAUGACGCGCGUCAUAAAUAUAAUGAAUAUUUGAAGAAAUUAGAACAAAAAAAUAAAUUAUUAAAAACUAAUACUGAUGAACAUAAAACAAAAGAUAAUAUUUUAAAACAACGUGAAAAUGGUUUUCAAUUAUAUGUUAAUGGAGUUCAUAAUACACUUCCGCCACGUUCAUCAUCUGUCAUACGUAAAAGACUUGAUAAACCAUCGAAUCGAAUUCAAACUCCUGCUCCGUUAUUUUCGGAUUUUUCAUCUCCAACUUUAUCAACUACAACUCGACAAUUAGAUUCUCGUCCUCGAUGGAUACCAUCAACACAAACGAAAAUAAAAACUGAACACGGUUCAAUUAUUGCUGAUAUUCAUGAUAAACAAGUUCAAUCAGAUACUGUAAAUAAUCAACUCACAUAUCGUUUAACUACACUAACAAAUGUUGAUCAAAGUUGGAUGCCAAAUUGGUAUAGAAAUACUCAAUCAAAUACAGAUAUUUCGAAUUCUAAUCAAAGUCUCUCAUUAUCACUUGAUAAUAUAUCAACAACACUUCCGUUAACUAAAUCUCAACAGCAAACUUAUCGUCUAUCAACAAUGGUAGGAGCAAGACUUGCAGGAGGUGAUUUAAUGAAAAAUACGAGUGCACAUUCAACGAAUCAACCAUUAUUUGUUACUUCUACACGACGAACAUCGAAAACUGUUGAUAGUCUUGAUCUCGAAAAUUUCUCUCAGCCAAAAGAAGUUCAUAUUGAUACAGAAACAGAUGAGAAGAAAACAUCUCAACCAUCUAAUAGACGAAGUCCAUUUCGAGAUGCUACUUCUAAUGAAAAAUUAUCCGAUCAUCAAACAGAUUGGCUCGAAAAAUCAAUGACACAAAUUGAUCUUUUUAGUCGACGACAUCGUGGAAUGCUUGAAAAUGAACAAGUUGAUGAAUAUUUUACAAGUGGAACUUCAAAAACUGAGAAUGAAAACGACGAAGAACAAUUUACUAUACCUGAGUUACCUAAUGGUGAACAAUUAGUUUUUAAUUUAAAAUCAACUUGGGGUGAUCGUCAUUAUGUUGGAUUAAAUGGUAUUGAAAUAUUUACUGGUGAAGGCCAUCCAAUACUAAUUAAAAAAAUUGCAGCAGAUCCACCUGAUAUCAAUAUUUUACCUGAAUAUGGUAAUGAUCCACGUGUAGUAACAAAUUUAAUUGAUGGAGUUAAUAAAACUCGAGAUGAUAUUCAUAUGUGGCUUGCCCCAUUUACAGCUGGUCGACCCCAUUUUAUCUAUAUUACAUUUGAACAUCCAACUAAAAUUGCAAUGAUCAGAAUAUGGAAUUAUAAUAAAAGUCGUAUCCAUUCGGCACGUGGUGCAAAAGAUGUAGAAAUUUCUCUUAAUGGUCGUAUUAUAUUCAAAGGAGAAAUUACUCAAGCUUGUGGAAAUAUUAAUGCUAGCAAUGACCCAUCAGCAUACGGAGAAACUAUUUUAUUUACUACUGAUGAUAGAAUUCUUGAAAAAAUCUCUACUUAUGAUGAAAUGUAUAUUGAUCAAGAAGCUACGCAAGAUGAUGAUGAGAAUUUAAAAACUGGUGGCAAUCGUCCACCAAGUCCAGGAACAGAUGUUCGACCAAUGACACGUGCUAUGUUACGAAGACCAUUUACAGCUCUUCGUUCAUCAGCUGCAAGUCAAGUACCGGAAUAUUAUGGAAAAAAAAUAAUUCUAACUGUAACGGAAACAUGGGGUGACCCAGAUUAUUGUGGUUUAACAGGUCUUGAAGUAGUAGAUAUUAAUGAUGCGGAUUGUGUUAUACAAUCAUAUGAUGCACGUCCACGAGAUAUAACUAUACUUCAUACGCAUGCUAAUGAUGUUCAAACACUUGAUAAAUUAUUCGAUAGUGAAAAUGUUACAUGUGAUGAAAAUCAUAUGUGGUUAUGUCCAUUUAAUAGAAAAGAUCGAGUACGUAUUAUAAUUGUAUUGAGUGUAUCAAAAAAAUUACAUGGUUUACGUAUAUGGAAUUAUAAUCGAUCACCAGAUGAUACUUAUCGAGGAAUUAAACGUCUUCAUGUACAAUUAAAUGAUAAAAUUAUUUCUCCAAGACAAGGUUUUCUAUUGCGACGUGCACCUGGUCAUUGUUCUUUUGAUUUUGCACAAGAAAUUGUUUUUGCACAUGCAAAAACAAUGAUUCAAGAUGAACAAAAACAACAACAAAAACGACAACAAGCAGCGGCUAAUCGUGAGAGUGACUCAGAUAUCUCAAUGCCCAAUGGAUUUAUCUUUGAAUUUCAACUACAUUCAACACAUGGUGACGCUUAUUAUAUUGGUCUAAAUGGUUUGGAAUUUUAUGAUGAAAAUGGUGAACGUAUUGGUCUAAUUAAGCAAAAUAUUGCUGCCUAUCCUCAUAGUGUUAAUACACUUAAUCCAGGUACAGAUGAUGAUGUACGUACACCAGAUAAAUUAAUUGAUGGUGAAAAUGAUGAUAUUGAUGGUAGUCAUUCAUGGAUUGCACCAAUUUUACCAAAUGUUAUCAAUCGAGUUUUUGUUAUAUUCGAUCGACCUACUUCUGUAUCAAUGAUAAAAAUAUGGAAUUAUGCUAAAACACCUAAUCGUGGUGUACGAGAAUUUUCUUUACUUGUUGAUGAUUUACUUGUUUGGACUGGUAUAUUGGAUAAAAUGAAUGAAAAUCAAAGUGAAAACGAUAUGCAACAAGUACCAUUUAAUACAAUUCUAUUUGCUGAUGAAAGAAUUCUUACGGAACAUGAAAAACAAACAGUUUUAGAGAAUAAAAAUUCUUCCGAUAACAUGAUUGGCGAAACAUCAACUAGAGAUCAAGCUGUUGAUUAUUCCAAACGGCCGACAACAUCAGUUCCACGAACACAUCGAAAACAACAGAACAAAUAA